AUGAAACAGUGGAGUGCUUGCAUGUCAUCCCGUGCCUCGACGUCGACCUCGACCGACACCGAUUCCGAUGGUGGAUCGACGACGAAUUCGAUCAACUCGAUCAACUCGAUCAACUCGAUCAACUCCAAUCAAUCUAGACGAAGAGGCGCUGAGAAUGAGAGACGAUUGAGGGACGAGGCGAGGCAGAGAGCACUCGUUGAGAUCCGGAGAAGAAGCCACGCACAACGUUUAGCUGCUCGUCGAGUGGCUCAAGCGCGCGCCGUGUUGCGAGCGAAAUUCUUUCUCGGUCAGGAUAUGACGUACGCGAAAAUGGUGUUGAAAGAGAAUCGUGAGCUCCGGAAUACGAAUCAACACCUGAAUGACAAGGUACGUGAAAUGGAGGCGGGCAUCGCUGCGAUGCGCGCUUUCCUCGCCGCUCGCUCGAAGCCUCAA